GUGGAGUUGAAGAGUCGUUCUCAUCUGCUUGACUGCAUGAUUUACUAAUUGAUGAUUCAAAGGUGGGGUGAUGUAUCGUGCUUUAGUAAUGCAGAGUAUUGUUAUUGUACAGCACAUGAUGUGUUGUUGGACAAGUAUAAGAGAGAAACCACGUUCUCCUUGCAUGUGCGAAAGGGCAUGAGUGGGAGGGAAGAGGGCACUGUACUGAGAGAAGUGGUACUGGGGGAUUGAGUGUGCUGAGCGAAGAAGAGUUUGUGUGGGAGAGAGAGGCAGGUAAAAGAAACUGCAGGCUUUAUCCUCAUGUAUCUCUCAGCCAAGUCAAACACGUUGAAAGUGGUUAUAUAACAGAACAUGUUUUGUUUGCUAUACCCAUUUCAAAUGAUGUCAUUUCAAGGAUAUCAUUAUGUCGAUGUCACAUGCAUCACCUGUGUGAGACGGAGAUGAUGAAGCUGUGACUGUCUUUCUUUUCACCACGUCUUUAGAGCCGUCUGAUUUCCCCUGCUGAUUCAUGUCUGGGGAGGACAUCAAAGCCCACAGAGGUCAUACCUAAAUGGAGAGAAAGAGAAAAAGUUUGUCUUUAAUAGAAAUCUCUGAAGCAGCCUUAGAAACAUGGGGGAGGGGAAUCUGCAAGUGUGUGAGGGCGAGAGAUGGCGAGCGGGUGAGAGAGAAGAGGGGGGUGGCUUGCGUUGGUGUUCAAAUAAGAGACCAUUUGUCAAAUAAUCAGUGCCUCUGAGCAGAUGGAUGCUUUACAUGGUUUCUUAAACCUUUAGUUUCUUCAUUUCAGAAAUGAUGUAUUCUGGAGCGCAAGCAAGCAAAGAGAUGGAUUAAUCAGCUGCCAUGGCAAUGACAAGUUUUUGACUAAUUUAUUGAUGGGGACAGUUGAAAUUGAUGACAGCAGAGACAAGUAUGAGGAGAAGGCGAUGCGGAGAUAGACAAAGGGAAAUACUUUGGGGGUUCUGAAUGGACCAACACAGAGAGAACAAUGAUCUUGACAGUGUACCUGAGCGACAGCCAGCAGAUGCUGACAGAGGUGCCCAUCACCCCAGAGACCACCUGUAAAGACGUGGUGGAGUUCUGUAAGGAGGCCGGAGAAGGUGGCUGUCACCUAACUGAUGUCUGGAAGGGCAACGAGAGAGUGAUCCCCUUUGACCACCUGAUGUAUGAGCACCUGCAGGAGUGGGCUCCCAGGAGGAUGGAGGUCAGGUUCUAUCUGAGACACGAAGACUCCCCCUCAGAGAGCAGCGACCAGGGGAGCCAGCUCUCUCAGGAACAGUCCAACAGAGGCAGUAGAGGGAGCUCAGACCAGCCUUGUGAAGAAAGGGUGGGGAACCCUUGCGUGGAGCUGACUCUGUCGGAGCUGCAGGAGAUGGCCACACGGCAACAGCAACAGAUCGAGACCAAACAGCAGAUGCUGGUUGCCAAGGAGCAGCGUCUGAGGUACCUGCAGCAGCAGGACCACAGACAGGGCCAGACAGUGUCAGAGGCUGAGAAGCUACAGAGGUUGAAGGGGCGAGUUGAGAGUCAGGAGGCCAAACUAAAGAAGAUCCGUGCCAUGAGGGGCCAGGUGGACUACAGCAAGCUCAUCAAUGGCAACCUGUCGGCUGAGAUCCAGCAUGUGAGUGGGCAGUUCCAGGAGAAGCAGGCAGAGCUGCAGUCAGCUGUGGUGAAGGUGGACCAGCUCACCCAGCAGCUGGAGGACCUGAGGAGGGGACGUCUCAACGGCCUGCAGCCCCUAGGAGGACCUCUCACUGGCACCGCCGCUCUGGAGCUACGUAAACUCUACCAGGAACUACAGGUGCGUAACAAGCUGAACACGGAGCAUAGUGGCAGGCUGCAGCAGAACAAGGAGCUGCUGAAUAAGCGCAACACGGAGGUGACUAUGAUGGACAAGCGCAUUGGGGACCUUCGCGAGCGGCUGCACAAGAAAAAAACAGAGCUUAACAGGAUAAACGGUCAUCCCUCCCCCCAGCCCAUCCUCAGCAGCUCAGGCCGCGUGGCCGCGGUAUGUCCGUACAUCCAGGUGCCCGUCCCAGGCAGACAGGAGGUGGGCUACGCUCUGCCCCCAGACCCCGUUAAACCACCGUUUGUCCCUGGGACUGGCACCAUCAGCCAUGGCCGCUCCAAAUCAGCCAAUGAAGCAGUGUGGUCCACCCUUAGUAAAAGUGUCUCCUCUUUGCAACCUUCAGAUUGGAGGAACACCAGCCCAGACCAGAGCCUUGACUUCAGUAAGCUACCAGGAGGAUCCGUGUCCAAACCACUACCCAUCUACGGGACCUACCCUGCACCUACUGGCCACCCGUCUAUAGUCUGCUCUACCAGCUCCCUGACCAGGUCUGCCCCUGCCACUUUAGCCUGGCAGCGUUCAGCCCCAGCACCUCCUGGUUACUCCUCCCAGCAGAUCCAGCAGCAUAUCUCUGUCCACCCCAGUCCCACACCCCAGUCAGGCCAGGGGGAGGGGGAGAGGCCUGACCCCCCGCCGGCUGUGGCUGUGAGGCCCUACGUCCCAGACCGGUCCUCCUCCAGGCCUCAGUCCCCCAGGAAGGGCCCUGCCACUAUGAACUCCUCCUCCAUCUACCACAUGUACCUGCAGCAGCCUGCAGCAGCCAAGAGCUACCCAGCAGGAGGCAGGUCUGCUGUCAAAGCAGUGUAUGGGAAACCCGUGCUUUCCUCCAGCACCUCUCCCUCCCCUGUGCCCUUCCAGCAUGGGGCCCUGUCCCCAGGAGGAGAGAGUGGAGAGGACAUGGUGGACAGGGAAGGGAACACCACAGAGGGUAGACUCCUACCCCCUCCCAGUGUGGAGAACAUCCCUCGGCCCCUGAGCCCCACCAAGCUGACCCGCGUGGCCCACUCCCCGCUGCACUACCAGAGCGACGCCGACCUAGAGGUCCUGCGCCGGCGGCUGGCCAACGCACCACGCCCGCUGAAGAAACGCAGCUCCAUCACAGAGCCAGAGGGCCCCACCGGACCCAACAUCCAGAAGCUCCUGUACCAGCGCUUCAACUCCCUGGCCGGAGGCAUGGAGGGCAGCAACAGCACCCCGUUCUACCAGCCCGUCUUCAUGGGUCAUGUCCUGGGAUGUCCGGACAUGGACAACAUCAAAACGUCUAAUGGGAACCUGAUCGGGACAGCUUCCCUGGUCGUCACUUCGGCAGACGGUUCCAACUCAGACCAUCACCUGUCCUCUUCCUCUGACUCCAGUGAGAGGAGGACACCUUCACCCAGUGAGACCGCUCCCCGCAUGCCCACCCCCCAGCCCAGCCUGGAAGACAACAACAACAACCAACCUGGUCCUACUAGCACCACCUCCACUCCCAGGCCCAUCCCCAUCCCUGAGGCCUCGUCUCCCCAGCAGAAAGAAACCUCUCCCCGGACUGUCACACCCCCGGCAUUGCCUAAGCAGAUCAAGAGGACUAACCUGAAGAAGCCUGAGUCAGAGCGGAUAGGCCACGGGCUGCGGGUCAAGUUCAACCCUCUGGCCCUGCUACUGGAUGCCUCUCUGGAGGGAGAGUUUGACUUGGUGCAGCGGAUCAUCUAUGAGGUUGAGAACCCCAGCACGGCCAAUGACGAGGGCAUCACCCCCCUUCACAAUGCCGUAUGUGCUGGACGUCACCAGAUCGUCAAGUUCCUGCUCGACUUUGGAGUUAACGUCAAUGCUGCUGACAGCGAUGGAUGGACCCCACUACACUGUGCGGCCUCCUGUAACAGUGUGCAUCUCUGUAAGCUGCUGGUGGAGUCAGGGGCGGCCAUCUUUGCCACCACCAUCAGUGACGUGGAGACAGCGGCUGAUAAGUGUGAGGAGAUGGAGGACGGAUACACACAGUGUUCCCAGUUCCUCUUCGGGCUACAGGAGAAGCUGGGGGUGAUGAAUAAAGGGUCUGUGUAUGCGCUGUGGGACUACGAGGCACAGAGCUCAGACGAGCUGAGCUCAGACGAGCUGUCCUUCCACGAGGGAGACGCCAUCACCACCCUGAGUCGCAGGGACGACGCUGAGACAGAGUGGUGGUGGGCCAGGCUACAUGACAAGGAGGGCUACGUACCACGCAACCUGCUCGGGUUGUAUCCAAGGAUCAAGCCUAGACAACGUUCUCUGGCAUAGAGAAGACGGUGCACUUUGCUGAGAAGGCAGUGCACGUUGUUGCGCUCUGACUGGGCUCAGAGCUGGGUCUGAUUGGAUCUGCAGACAGUGGCUGUGCCCGGACAGUGCCCUCUCUCUCUGCCAGUCUGUGCCACCCCAGAACAAAGGACAAGGGCCAGGGCAUGGACAGAGGGGGCCAUAUCCGGACAGAGACAGACAGACAUGCUUGGAAUUGGUGGUCACUUACCAAAGAGGAAGUAGAGGCAGUAUCCACGGCCCAGAGAUCUGUCUACAUUUUUUUAAGGUCCCCCCCCUGCCCUUCAUUGGAGCAUGAAGCAAUGAAACAAAACAUUUUUGUUUUAUUUUCAAUGACUCCCACCACCCUGCCACCACCCCUCAUUCAGAGAAUACUCUGAGCAGAGCUUCCCUCUUUCCCUUCUCACUCAGUGUUUGUCUCCUGUGUGUCAGACAGAGUAAGGCCUAAAUGUGACGGUCUCAGAAAAGGGAGCAGAGAACAGCGGCAGUCAUGAGUUAUUGAAUAUGGGUUUUGCAGUAAGUGCUGUUUGAAGGCGAUCAGAGUUCAAACCCUGGAGGUCAUAUCUACAGGGUUCAGCAGAGGAAAGAAGGGAACAGGUUUUUACAAGAUGAGAAAAGGAAGGAAAGUGACAGAAGGUGUAAUUGAAAGACUUUGAAGGCCAGUUAAAACUACUAAAAGGUGUGUGGAAUGUUCUAAACAGUCAUAGAAUGUUGGUGUUAUUUAUGCAAACCAAAAUGUGUUCUGAAGGAAUGAGUGGAAGAUGUAAUGCUGGGAAGGGAAAGUGAAAGUGGCUGCAUUCUCUUCUACAGAUGCAAUAACAAUGAAGCUAACUAUGGGUGUGAAUUUGAACUAAACUCAUCAAACACUCAUAAGCCUACAGUAUAUAAAUGCUUUAUCACCUGAAAAGGCCUAUAGUUGGAUCUCUUUGGAGUUUUUCAUAUUGAGUUACAUUUUAGCAGAUGUUUGUACAUUGUUUUGUUUUCCCUAUUUUUGUUUCAAGUUGGUUGUUGUCUUUUUAAUACCCAUCAUGCAAAGUGAUACACAUUUUAAUCACUGAGUAUAGCCAUACCACAGGAGGUUGGUGGCACCUUAAUUGGGGAGGAUGGGCUUGUGGUAAUGGCUGGAGCGGCAUCAGUGGGAAGGUAUAAACAACAUCAAACACAUGGUUUCCAUGAGUUUUAUGCCAUUCCAUUUGCUCCGUUCCAGCCAUUAUUGUGAGACGUCCUCCCCUCAGCAGCCUCCACUGAGCCAUACUGUACUAUCUUUGGUAUAGCCUACCUGUUGACUGAUGCUGGCUUGAUCUAUAGGUUGUGUAUUACCAUCAGUUCUAUGGGAUGGUUUAUGUGACAAAACGAACACCAAACACUAUGCAUAAUGAAAUGUAAAUGUACACAAUAAAUAAUGAUUUCCUUUAAUGGGAAUAAAAAAUGUUUUAACAUAUACUGAACAAAAAUAUGAAUGCAACAUGUAAAGUGUUGGUCCCAUGUUUCAUAAACUGAAAUAAAAUAUUCCAGAAAUUUUA